AUGUUACUCAUUUUUUUCUGUCUUUUGCUUUUCAACAAUUCUGCUUUCUCUUUCUCUCUCUCUCUCUCAUUCUUUCCCUCCUUUUCAUUUUGCUUUCUCUUUUUCUCUCUUAUUCUUUCCUUUCAUUUCACUUCUUAUUCUUUCCUUCCUUUUCACUUUUUCUUUUUCUCUUAUUCUUUCCUUCAUAUUCUUUUUCCUUCAUAUUCCCUCUUUUUCUUUCCUUCAUAUUCACUUUUUUCUUUUCUCUCUUAUUCUUUCCUUCAUAUUCACUUUUUAUUUCUUUUCUCUCUCUUUAUUUCCUUCAUAUUCCUUUCUCUUUCCCUCUCUUAUUCUUUCCUUUUUCACUUUUUUCUUUCUUUUUCUCUUAUUCUUUCCUUCAUAUUCACUUUUUUUUCUUUCUCUUUCCCUCUUUUUAUUCUUUCCUCCUUUUUUUCAUCUCUUUUUCUUUCCAUCCUUUCUUUUCUUUUCUUUUCCCUCUCUUAUUCUUUCCUUCCUUUUCACUUUUCACUUUUUCUCUUUUUCUUUCCUUCAUAUUCUUUUUAUUUCUCUUUCUCUCUUUUCUUUCCUUCAUAUUCACUUUUCUUUUCUUUUUUUCCCUCUUUUAUUCUUUUUCCUUUUUUGUUUUCAUCUCUUAUUCUUUCCAUCCUUUCACUUUUUUCUUUCUCUUUCCCUCUCUUAUUCUUUCCUUCCUUUUCUUUUCUUUCUUUUUCUCUCUUUAUUCUUUCCUUCAUAUUCUCUUUUUCUUUCCUUCCCUCUUUAUUUUUUCCUUCAUUUCUCUUUUCUCUUUUCUCUCUCUUAUUCUUUCCUUCAUAUUCACUUUUUUUUUUUUUCUUCUCUUUUCCCUCUUUUAUUCUUUUCUUUCUCUUUUCUCUUUUUCCUUCAUAUUCUUUUUUCUUUUUUUUUUCCCUUUUUUAUUCUUUCCUCCUUUUUUUUUCAUCUCUUUAUUCUUUCCAUCCUUUUCACUUUUUCUUUCUCUUUCCCUCUCUCUUAUUCUUUCCUUUUCACUUUUCUUUUUUUUUCUUUCUCUUUAUUCUUUCCUUCAUAUUCACUUUUUCUUUCUCUUUCCCUCUCUUAUUCUUUCCUUCAUAUUCACUUUUUUCUUUUUCUCUCUCUUAUUCUUUCCUUCAUAUUCACUUUUUAUUUCUUUUUCUCUCUCUUCUUCUUUCCUUCAUAUUCACUUUUUCUUUCUCUUUCCCUCUCUUAUUCUUUCCUUCAUAUUCACUUUUUAUUUCUUUUUCUCUCUCUUAUUCUUUCCUUCAUAUUCACUUUUUCUUUUUCUUUCUCUUUCCCUCUUUUAUUCUUUCCUCCCUUUUUACUUUUUCAUCUCUCUUAUUCUUUCCAUCCUUUCACUUUUUCUUUCUCUUUCCCUCUCUUAUUCUUUCCUUCCUUUUCACUUUUUCUUUCUUUUUCUCUCUCUUAUUCUUUCCUUCAUAUUCACUUUUUCUUUCUCUUUCCCUCUCUUAUUCUUUCCUUCCUUUUCACUUUUUCUUUCUCUUUCUCUCUCUUCUUCUUUCCUUCAUAUUCACUUUUUAUUUCUCUUUCCCUCUCUUAUUCUUUUCUUCAUUUUCACUUUUUCUUUCUCUUUCUCACUUUCAUUAUUUCACUCCUUUUCAAUCUUGCUCCCUAUUUCUCUUUUAUUUUUUGCUUCAUUUUCAAUUUUUCUCUCUUUUUCCCUCUCUUAUUCUUUCCCUCCUUUUCUCUUCUUUCUCUAUCUCUCUCUUAUUCUUUCCUUCAUAUUCACUUUUUAUUUCUUUUUCUCUCUCUUAUUCUUUCCUUCAUAAUCACUUUUUCUUUCUCUUUCUCUUUCUCUUUCCCUCUCUUAUUCUUUCCUCCCCUUUUUACUUUCUCUUUUUUAUUUUUUCUCUCUUUUCAUUUCUUUCUUAUUUUACCAUAUUUUUCUUUUCCCUUUACUUUCAUCCCUUUUCUCUCCACCUUUCUUUUUUCUUUCUUUCUUUCUUUCUUUUUUCUUCUUUCUUUCUUUUUCAUUCUUUCUUUUUUCUUUGUUUUUCUUUUUUCUCUCUAUCUUUCAUUUUCUUUCUUUCUUUAUCAUUUCAUUUAGAGAUAUAUUUUCUUUAUUUCCUGUUUUUUGAUUUUCUUUCUUACUUUUACUUUUCAUUCAUCCUUUUUGUUUUUUUGUUUGUUUGUUUGUUUGUUUCUUUCUUUCUUAAUAUUCUCCAUUUUUCUUUCUUUCUUUCUUAUUAUUCUCCAUUUUUCUUUCUUUCUUUCUUUUUUUCUUUCUUUCUUUCUUUCUUUCUUUCUUUCUUAAUAUUCUCCAUUUUUCAUUCUUUCUUUCUUUCUUUCUUUCUUUCUUUCUUUCUUUCUUUCUUUCUUUCUUUCUUUCUUAAUAUUCUCCAUUUUUCUUUCUUUCCCACUUCCAUUGUUUAUUUCUUAAUAUUCCCCACUCUUUUCUUUCUUUCUUUCUUUCUUUCUUUCUUUCUUUCUUUCUUUCUUUCUUUCUUUCUUUCGCAUUUUUCAAAUAUAAAUUUUCUUUUUUUGCUCCCCCAGCAAAAUAAUUUCCAAUUUUCCUCAUCUGCCUUUUUUCCUUCCUGUUGA